UGUUUUUUUUUUAUGUCACACUUACAUAGUAUUAAAUAUGUGUAGGCUAAUAAUAAUAGAGCACGUGAUCUAGGUCUGGUUUUCGAGUGUUUAUUUUGUCCAUUGUAGGUAAAUUCUAGAUUUCCAGAAUGUUUAUUGUCCAGACCCGUAUUGCACCAAAAUUAACUAUUUAAUGAGAAAUAUUCUCUGAUUAUGAGGAGUGAUGGCCGCAAUCCGUGUGGCGCCCGUCCAAGCGUCACUGCCGGCUGCCUCCAAACUGUUGGUAAAACUUGUGUACCUCGGGAGAAGGGGGCCUUUGGUGCGUGCUUAGAAGAUGCCAUCCUGGCCGGGUGCCGGUCUUGCCCUUGUCAGGAGCGGGCACUAAUUAUCCACAUUGUUUUUUUGCUUGUUGUGGACAAAUGUUUUCACAUGCGACAGAACUGCAUACGUGUUUUAGCACUUACAAGACGCAACAAGUCGGAAUUACAUAUAUCUGCGUCCUAUUCUGAUAUCCUGGGUGUUCAGAGGUUUCUGUGGGUCUUCAGGAAAUUCUGGAUUAUUUACAUGUCUACCAGCAUGCCAGGAUAGGAGAUGGAACCAGAUUCUUCUCCCUAAAAACAGCAAUCUUGCGAAAGUUUCAGGUUCUAACACAAAUGGGAAUCUUGCCGCUUUAAGCUCCCCUUCCCUCUCCGAAUAACGACACAAAGCUCCGCCUGCUCUGAGUCAAGGAUCACAUGAGUCAUAAAAGUUUGAUGUCCCAGCGAAAGUUUAGAACAAAGUGUAACAAAACUUAGCAUGAUGGAAAAGCGCUGAUUUGCUAUGCAUGGAAAAGUAGGCCGAUCUCGUGGAAGGAAAUUUGAGCGUGUCUGAGACUGGGAAAAUAGAUUUUAAAAUGUAAGUUUAUUUAUAGUUAAUAAACAUGCUUUAAAGCUAGUUUUAUUCGCUUGUAGUUGUAUUUUUAUAGCCUAUUGCACGAAAUAAACACGACCGUUAUUGCAGAUGUAAAUUGCUUCUUUGUGACGUUCCUUUUAGGCAGUAAAAAAAAGUAUAAGUUUGUUUAUAUUAUAUAACCACCGAAACAAUCAAGAAAAAAGAAAAAUCAAGGAUUUUGGGAGAAUUUUUGUAUGUUCUACUUGAGUUUUGUGUUUUACAUUCAGUGCGUCAGCUUCCGAAAUAUCUGGAUUGUCUUUUAAUCUUUUUCGCACGGAAUAAUUCUUUCGGAGACGAUGGAUCCGAGCCAACAUAACCCUCCUGCCGGUCAUCAAAUCGUCCACGUCCGGGGCGAUUCCGAGACCGAUUUGGAAGCGCUUUUCAAUGCUGUAAUGAACCCGAAAAAUGCGAGUGUCCCCCCUACGUUACCCAUGAGGAUGAGAAAGCUUCCAGAGUCCUUCUUCAAACAGCCAGAUCCAAAGUCUCACUCCAGACAAGUGAGCACAGACGCCGGCACCUCUGGCGCUCUCACGCCACAGCACGUACGGGCACACUCUUCCCCAGCAUCGCUCCAGCUUGGCUCCCUGUCUCCUGCAGCCUUGGCUGGCACUGCACCACCUGCCUCCACCUCACAGCACCAUCGCCAAUCCUCCUAUGAAAUCCCAGAUGAUGUACCUCUCCCGCCAGGGUGGGAGAUGGCGAAGACCUCCUCCGGACAGCGUUAUUUUCUGAACCACUUGGAUAAAACGACCACCUGGCAGGACCCUCGAAAGGCAAUGUUACAGAUAAACCAGGCCGCUCCUUUGCCCGCCGUGAGCUCAGCGACCGAUGGUGCUGUCUCUUCAAAAAAGGGUAUGAAGCAACAAAGCAACGGCAUCAUCAAGUGGGGGCCGCUUCCUGAGGGUUGGGAACAGGCUAUUACCCCAGAGGGAGAGAUAUAUUACAUCAACCACCAAAACAAGAGCACUUCCUGGUUGGACCCACGACUUGACUCGCGAAUCGUGCUGAGCUCACAGAGGAUUGGCCAGAGCACCCCCGAGAAGCCAACCAGCAAGAGUCAGAGCAAUGGGAUGAGUCAGGUGAGGAUUCAGCAGAUGCAGAUCGAGAAGGAGAGACUGAGGCAUGAACACCAAGAACUGCUGCGUCAGGCACAGACCCAGGAACCUUCAACACUGAGGAACCAGAACCAUCUUGUAGCGAGCCUGGAGCAGGACAGCAGCGCGCCAAAUGUAGGUUCCUACUCAGGCAUGUCGCAGGACGCUAGGACCAUGACCACUAACGGCUCGGAUCCAUUUCUUAACAGUGGCACCUACCACUCCAGGGAUGAGAGCACAGACAGUGGUUUGAGCGUGAGCAGUUACAGUGUCCCCCGCACCCCGGACGACUUCCUCAACAGCGUGGAAGAGAUGGAGACAGGUGACUCUGUUGCUGUAACUCCCACGGCAUCACAACAGAGUGGUUUCCCCGACUAUCUGGACGUCAUCCCUGGCACCAGCGUGGAUUUCGGCACCCUGGAGAGUGAGAGCAUGGCGAUGGAGAGCGAAGAGCUCAUGCCCAGCCUGCAGGAGGCGCUCAGCUCUGACAUACUUAAUGACAUGGAGUCCGUGCUGGCUGCCACCAAGUGCGAUAAGGAGAGCUUCCUAACAUGGCUAUAGAGAGAGAGAGGUAUGAGCUGGUCUCCAGUUCCCCGCAUCCAUUUAUGGCUAAACCCGCAUCUUCACCAGAUUGCUGCCACAGCACCUCUGAAGAGCGUGCAGUCCUCCCCCACCCCAUGCCCUAUCACCCGAAGACAUUUUGCAUUUUCAGUUGAAAGCAAAUUAUAGGAAAAACAGAAACAUAACUGCAGAUCAACUGUGGGGUGAGGAUCAUAUGUGUGCUUGUUUACUCACCUUAGAUAAUAUUAAGUUCUACAGAACACAAACUUUUACUUAAUCUCCUUUCAUAUAUAUAUAUAUUUUAAAAAAAUAUUUCUCUGUCUACUGCCAGAGAGUUUAGUUGGGAUAUAGUCUUUGGGGUUUUUAUUACGUCUGCUGCAGCAGUUCCCAUGUCUCAUGUCAUUGCUUAUUAAUGAUAUACAAUCAUAUUCCUGUUGCAUUUUUAAAAUGCGAUGAUUUCUGUGACUUCUGUGACUGGAAUACUGACUCUUACUAUGAAGCCCUCAUUUAUUCUUCAGACAUUUUAUGUUCAUCUCAUUUUGCUCCAUUAUCUCUGUAAAUUUUGCAUGUUACUUAAUGUUUAACGUCAUUUUCUCCUAAAAGAAUUUUAUUAUUAUUUUUGCAAAUCUUUUGUCUGUUCUCGUCUCAUUCACCUUUCCGUAUUUAGCAUGUUCAUUGACUGGUGGGUAGAUAUUGGUGGAUGUCUUUAAAACCUCUGUCUGGCCACCUGCUGCUCUCCAGAGGUCUGUCACUUAUUGCUACCUUAGCCCCAUGUUUUUGACAAAUAAAACAGACUUUCAGGUUUUCUUUUAUGGUGAGGAAAUAGGUGAAAAGAGCUUUAUUUGCUCAGUGAAAUUGUAUUCACAUGGCUGUGCAGAUGUGCGCAAUUCUGUAUUCAGAGAAAGACUAUGCAGGAGGUCCGUGACAUGCCUGUGGGUUUGACAAAGUAGAGAAUUGAAAUAUGAUAUAAUGGUUAGUUAGCGAGCUUCGAUGUUAGUUCUAUAACAACAUAUUAUCCUCAGGAUUUUUAUCUUGCUUUCCAAAGACUGUUUUAUUUUCCAUAGUGAAAUAGAACAACAACAAAUAUUUAUUGAUCUCAUAAGCUAACAAAUCAAUGUUCGGAUUUGUCUCUGUUGAAGCACAGAUCGUGUACUUCAUGGCUAGCACUCUAUGUCGGUAGCGUUAUAUGAACUUUUCUGUUAAGAUGGCUGCAAUCAGUGUUUAAGUGUUUAGAGUCUGGAUAUAGUGUUAUAAAUGCACCAUCCAUUCCUGUGUUUACAUUCCUGACUUUUAAGGUGUAACGCUUUCUGUAUGUUAAAAAUUGCUAAGAAUAAUACUAAGAAUACUAAUUACAGUUGGAUGUUUACAAGGUGACAACGCUAAUUGCUGUCAGUACCUGGUGCAGUUUCCUCAAAGCCAGGCAUAGUAUGAAUAAACCAUUUGUCAUACUUAAUUGGAUGCAAAACAGCAGAAUCCCAUUUAAUGUAUGACUGUUUUUUAAAGUAUUGCACAUUUUGGAUUUUAUAAGAAAUUAAAUAUAUCCACAGCUGCCAAGGUGAAACGCAACAAACAUUCUACAUUAAGACUAUGAAUUUUCUACUUCUCAAUUAUUGUUGACUUUAGUUGGGGGGAAAUGGAGUUAAACAAUGUUACUACAAAUUUAUCUUUUAAUUUUCUUUGGUACAGUGCUGGUUUUGCACAUUUCCAGAAAACAUUCACUUAAUUGUGUUUUUUUUUUAUGAAAGCAUGCUUCUAUAAAUAGUAGUGAUAUUUACCAAAUAUACUAUGGAUUUUGUAUUUAAUGGAAACAGUAAUUGUAUGUUGAUGUUAUAGUGUCACUCUGUAGACGGAAAACAAGUUUACUCACAACAUGGGUCCGUUUAAUUAUGUAAAACUCAUGGGUGGGGUACUUUGUUGGUAACGUUUGAUGGAAUUUUGAGGGAGUACUUCAUUAUAUUGAGGGAGUACUUCAUUAUAUUGAGGGAGUACUUCAUUAUAUUGAGGGAGUACUUCAUUGUCAUAGGCCAAAGGGAACAAAUUUUGUUGGACCUGUUCCCUUUUCUGCUAAUAGGAAGAUUUUUUUUAUUAUUAAUGUCGUCUCUAGAACCUUCUUCUAAUAAGAUUGAAAAGUUUUUAAUAAAUCUUUGUUAAAAUACA